GUCUCUUGAGGAAGGCAACAGAUCCCAAACAGUGACAAGCAUGGCGGAUGAUAUUCCUGUGUUUCCCAAAGCGAGCACCUUGCAAGUUCAUAGUGGUGAUAUUGUCAAUUGGGACAGGCUAAAGAGGAAGCCAAAUCAAAAUUCCACGGAGGAGCUCAAGGAAUGCAUUGAAGCUGCCUUGAAAAAGUUUCUGUCCACUGCUGAUAAAACUCAACUUCAGUACACUAAUGACCUACUGUGUGUCAACUGCUCCCAGAAGGAGCAGACUGGUUCUGAAGAGAGACCAGACCUCAAGAUCACUGGGAAGUUGUUUUUAUCAACUCAACAGUCACCGGAAGUCAUCAGAGAAACAGUUGAGAAGUUGUUCCGAGAACUACAGAAUGUGACGUAUAUGGAGACGUUGAUGCUGUCCCUGCCGGAGCUGGAUGAGGAGAUAACAGUGGAGCAGAUCAAGCCCUACUGGGAGGUCAUGGAGGAACUGGUGGAAGAUGAGACAGUUCUCUCCCUUGGCAUAUGUGACCUUGACAAGGCACGGCUGGAAGAGUUGUUUAUCUGGGCUAAGGUGAAGCCAUGUGUGAACCAGGUGAAUCUGGCAUCAUGCUGCGUGAUGCCUGCUGAUCUGACAGAGUACGCAAAACAGAAUGACAUCCAACUCCUCACACACAGUGAUGAAACAGAGAUCAUGCCAGUGAAGACUCUUCAAGACUCCAUCAAGGUCUGCGCGACGGAGAAAGACAGUGAACUCUGGGAGCCUGCAUGGACCCUGCGAUACUCUGUCAUUGUCAAAUGUCGAGGAAUUGUCAAAACGAAAGGCUACAUUUUCAAGGCAAACCGAGUCGCAAAAAAGAAGUUGACUUAAGAUCUGUGUCACCUUUGGACAUUAUUUAUGAUUUUGCACUUAGUGAUUUAUGUGAGCUGACACAAAAAUGAAAAGUAUAUAAUACGCACACUUUUAUUUUCAUGUACAAAGACAUGUCAGUAUAUAUGUUCAGCAUACAAUCAUGAUAAUCAGUAUGGUUAGACAAGACCGCUAGUCUUUUUGUCUGAGACUAGUAAAAUUCUAGAGGGACCAGUUGUUUUCUAACCAAAUCUAAUUAUUUUACAUCAACAACUGCAGAUUACUGGUAGUUGAAUGUGACUAAUAGUGGACUCCAAUAAAGUAGGCUUCAUAGUUGAAUAGGUGCUAUUUCAGUGUUUACAAACGUGGCAUUGUUUUUGUGUAAUGGCAGUUGAGUCAGAAGCGACCACCAAGGUUCUAGACAUAUAACCAUCGUGGUUAAUAUAGUAAGGGCAGCAGUUUUGUUUUCUGUUUCCCAUCGACCGACUGACCCUUCUAAUUUUAUUGCCGACCCCCCACGCCCAAACUUUUUUUUUUCAUACCAACACUGCCGAUUGGAACC